GCGUCGGCCGGAAGCCGCCGCGCGCGAGGCCGGAAGUAGCCGUGGCGUCGUGGGGCCUGGCCGUGGCGGCGGCGGCGGCUCAAGAUGUCGAUCGAAAUCGAGUCCUCGGACGUGAUCCGGCUGAUCAUGCAGUACCUGAAGGAGAACAGCCUCCACCGAGCGCUCGCCACCCUUCAGGAGGAGACGACCGUGUCCCUCAACACCGUGGAUAGCAUCGAAAGCUUCGUGGCUGAUAUCAACAGCGGGCACUGGGACACGGUGCUGCAGGCCAUACAGUCCCUGAAGCUGCCCGACAAGACCCUCAUCGAUCUAUAUGAGCAGGUGGUGCUGGAGUUGAUUGAACUCCGGGAGCUGGGUGCUGCCAGGUCCCUCUUGAGGCAGACGGAUCCCAUGAUAAUGCUGAAGCAGACUCAGCCAGAGCGGUACAUCCAUCUUGAAAAUCUUCUGGCCAGAUCUUACUUUGAUCCUCGUGAGGCAUACCCAGAUGGAAGUAGCAAAGAAAAACGGAGAGCUGCCAUUGCACAGGCUUUAGCUGGAGAAGUCAGCGUGGUACCUCCGUCUCGUCUUAUGGCAUUGUUGGGCCAGGCACUCAAGUGGCAACAGCAUCAGGGCCUGCUUCCUCCUGGUAUGACAAUUGACUUGUUCAGAGGCAAAGCGGCUGUGAAAGACGUGGAGGAGGAGAAGUUCCCCACACAGUUGAGCAGACAUAUUAAGUUUGGGCAGAAGUCACAUGUGGAGUGUGCUCGGUUUUCCCCAGAUGGUCAGUAUUUGGUCACUGGCUCUGUGGAUGGUUUCAUUGAAGUAUGGAACUUCACUACGGGAAAGAUCAGGAAGGAUCUGAAAUACCAGGCACAGGAUAAUUUUAUGAUGAUGGAUGAUGCAGUGUUGUGCAUGUGCUUCAGCAGAGAUACAGAAAUGCUAGCAACAGGAGCACAAGAUGGAAAGAUCAAGGUUUGGAAAAUCCAGAGCGGUCAGUGUCUGAGGAGGUUUGAACGAGCACACAGUAAAGGUGUUACCUGUCUCAGUUUCUCUAAAGAUAGCAGCCAGAUUCUCAGUGCGUCUUUUGAUCAGACAAUCAGGAUUCAUGGUUUAAAAUCUGGCAAAACUUUAAAAGAAUUCCGUGGUCAUUCCUCCUUUGUCAAUGAAGCUACUUUUACCCAGGAUGGUCAUUAUAUUAUUAGCGCAUCAUCUGAUGGCACUGUGAAGGUUUGGAAUGUGAAGACAACAGAGUGCUCAAACACCUUCAAAUCCCUUGGCAGCACUGCUGGGACAGAUAUUACUGUGAACAGUGUCAUUCUGCUGCCUAAAAAUCCAGAACACUUCGUCGUUUGCAACAGAUCAAAUACAGUUGUCAUUAUGAAUAUGCAGGGACAAAUUGUGAGAAGCUUCAGCUCUGGUAAGAGAGAAGGUGGUGACUUUGUCUGCUGUGCCCUUUCUCCUCGUGGUGAAUGGAUCUACUGUGUUGGUGAAGAUUUUGUGCUCUAUUGCUUUAGCACCGUGACUGGCAAGCUGGAGAGAACUCUGACAGUUCAUGAAAAAGAUGUCAUCGGCAUUGCUCAUCACCCCCACCAGAACCUAAUUGCUACUUACAGUGAAGAUGGGCUCCUCAAACUCUGGAAGCCAUAGCUUGCUUUUCAAUAAGCUAUGAAGCGUGCCUGUUGUAUGCAGGGUAUUGAUGUUCAUGCUUCUACGAGGUCUAAAUUCCCUGAGCUUGAUACUUGCUCGAUUUUCAGUUCAGGUUUCCAGAAAACAUCUUUUUUAAAUUUUUGGUCUAAAAUUAGCUAGGUUGAUGCUAGAUACAGCAUCAAUUAAUUUCAAAUACUUUUGCCAGAGUAGCUGAAACAACUUCUAUGGGAAUGAUUAUUCUGUCUCCUGAAGUCUGUACUCUUACUAUGUUGUUUAUAGAAGUGAUAGAGUUAGAAACUAUUCCUAUUUAUAAGUGGCCACUGACUUCCUAAAAUGCAGUCAACUGCUUUUUUAUUUUAGUGAAUGAUGUGAAAUGAGAAGGCUGUCUCUAUCCCUGAAAUGAAGGGAAUGUAAGUGAACAUCCUUAGCUUCAAAGCAGAAGCAUUUCUAGUUCAGGGUGUUCUGCUGUGUUUCAUUUUUUUUACUAUACUUCUUCCAACAAUACCUAUCAACAUCAUAUAGCUUUCUCAGAAUAGAAGUAUUUCUCAUUCUCUUUCCCAUCUCCCAGCAUUUCCCCCUAAAAAACUGCCUCAUUUGGCAGUGAGCUGUAAUAUUAUUGUUUUUUUUUUUAUUUUCCUUCCAGGCAAAAGAAAAUACUUGGGCCCUCUUCCUGUGAGCACAUAAAAUGUUCAGACCAGCUUUAAGAUUGAAGCUGGCCUCAGACGAUCAAUGUUUUAGGACAUGCAAAAGCCUGUUUUACAUAAACUCUCACUUCCAAGUCAAGUGCUGUGAUGCUGCUUUUGCAUUAAUACUUUGAUUUUUUUAAGUUUAUCCUCAUCCUUCUUCCUGCAGAAGGGAACAGCAUAUUGGAGCUUGAAAUAAUGUCUGUAAAAGUUUUUUAAUUGCACAUACUUAGGGACAUAGGGUAACAGUUAGUGAUAUUUAGGUCCCAACUAUGAUAAAAGAAUCUUUUAGGCCUGGUGGAGAAGGUGAUGAAUCUGUCUGAGAUCCUGGCUACUGCAGACCAUUGUGAACUGGUAUCUUCUAAAAUCCAACCAUAGCUUCUCUAGAAUGCAGCUAAAGUCAAGGUUUUAUCUGUAAUGAUUAUACAAACACAAAUAGAUUGGAAUCUGGCGUGCUGCUUUCUGUCCUCAUCUCUUGUAGAAUGCUUUCUUGCAACAGUAAUCUUUCAAACAGUAAUAAUUUCUUUAUGAGUUAAUAAAUUUCAGUUUAAAUAACUCCACAUUUUUCUCAGUUGAUGGAAUUGGUCCUAAGGCAACUGUCGGUUGUCAGCCUGUGACUGACAUCUUUCAGCAUUGACCUGUACACUCAUUUCAUCUUUGUUCAUAUCUAAGGAAAUGCAGAAAGUUUUUAGCAUAAAUUUUUGCAUAGUGUUGCAUAUUCACUACAGCUGUAGUAUUUAGCUCUGCUUAAGUUAUAAUGUUUUAAUUCUUGUUUUCUAAUUCCUUAGGUAUGGCAAUAAAGUUAUUUUUUUGAUAGCAAAAAGUGAUUAUUUUUCCUGUGUGAAGAUAUGCUAAUUUGUCAGAAAUCAUUCACAAGUUCCAUUGGCAGUUUGUACUUUUCACACAGGAGAGGAUCUUGCCAAACUAUUUUCAGUAUUAUCUAACAUGUGUCUCGCUUCUGCUUCAGAUUACAUGGAGCUGCCAGUCCUCAACGUAAACUAGACCUUAUAUUGCUCUUUAAAAGAAAAGUAGUUAAAAUGAAUAAGCUGUCUGUCAAAAUCCUGAACUUUUUAAGAUUGAAAUACAUUUUCUAGUUUUAAAAUGACAUCUCUUACCUUUUUAUUUAUGAUUUUCAGUCUUUUUUGCCUUAAGUGCACAAGGGAUAGAAAAGAGAAAUCUAUUAAUGUUUAUGGAAGGGUGGAAAGACUUUAUCUCCUUGAAUGCAGCAAUAAUUUGUAAAAUAGCUUGUACUUGUUAUUUUUUUUUAAGAUAGUCUAGAAGGAGAUUUUAGAUCUGGAAAAUAUGCCAGGUGUCAUGCUGUUUUCUCUGCAGGAUUUGAAGAAGGCUAUAUUUAAUGCUGUAAUUAGCAUUGAGGAAAAUACUGUUCACUGAUUGCCUAUUGGCCCUAACUUUAUUGUUGGAUUAUUUCUUGGAGCUAGCUAGUUCUUUUGCAGAUACAGAUCUGCAAAAUUCCUUGCCUGAGGAGUGAUACGUAAUGAAGGCCUUGUGGGUCAGUUCACACAUUUUAGCCUAGGCAGUGAGGAAGCAGCACCUGUCUGUAUGUAGAACAGUUGCUACCAUCUCAGCAAAAAAAAAGUAACCUUAGGUUCCUGCAUAGUUUUAUAAGUGUGGGCAGAACUUGAUUUUUAUACUUCCUUUGGAAGUAUUUUGCCCAAAGAGGCUGUGUGCCUGUAGAUAUCAGAUAUAGUCCUGCUCAGCUACCAUAACCAGCUUGCCCUCUGUAAAGAAAAAUUAAGCCUUCCCUUGAUGCCUAAUAAGAGCUAGAGAGAGAUCAGCUGAAGACUUAGUGGAAAUGCCUGGAAAGGAAAAUCUUUUGCAAAUGUCUUUUAAAACAACUAAAUUCUCAUGAGGCAGGAAGUGUUUUAUUGAAGUCUAGGUUCAUAAUGAAAUAGGCAGGAGUAGAAAUAUCUCAGUAGUUUAUUGCAACUAGCAGUAGAAUCUCCUGACAUUACUGAAUGACUGCAGUAGUUGUGUUUUUUAGAUGAAAAUGCAAGUAGGAAUGUGGUGAAAUGCAAAUAUAAUUAGCGCAAAGAAAAUCUUGCAGACCUCUGCUUGGCAAGCUAGGAAUUAAGUUGACGUUACUAUAACCACCAUGUAAGGACAAUAGGCAAUGGGCACACAUACAAGAAAUGCCAUUUAAAUGUGCUGUGAUGGUGAUCAAACAGUAAACAGGUUGCCUGGAGAGGAUGUGGAGUCUCCAUCGUUGGAGACAGUCAAAACCUGAUGGGACAAAGUCCUGAUCUGCCUACUUUAGUUUACCCUGCUUUGAGCAGGGGUUAGGCUAUGUGAACUGCAAAGCUGUCUUCUAGCCUCAGUGAUUCUGUGUAUUGCAGAGGACUUAAAACUAGGUGCUUGUGUGAGGGGCCUGCAUGUGAGUGUAGGCAGCUGGAGCAUACCUGGGUUCAGUCUGCAACCAAAAGGGCCAGAAAAUGUUUAGCAGAGAUUGAUUUUCAGCAUCAUCUUUCCCGUAAAUUAUAAAUGUUCUUCAAGUACUAUUUUUCAGCAGAGCUACCUUUGAAGAUAGGUGUUUCUGGCAUUAAGUACUCAACAGAAGCUUUUGUGAUUAACGUGUAAUGAGUGUGUGUGUGGGAGGUUCUUGCUGGAUCAUGUCUGCUUGGAUUUAAAGAGUCCUUUUUAAGGAUGGCAACUUCAAUUUCUAUCUGUGGUUUGGGCUUCAGGAACUCCUUAUUGCAGGGAACUCCAAAUAGAUCCAAGGCCUUUCUGGAUGAUUGCAACUUUUAACACAUAGGCUGAGUGAACUGAGAUCUGAGUGUCAGAGGAAAAGUCUAGGGACUUGGUGAACUCUGCUCUGUUGACUAGCACAGUCUGGGAAGAGGUGUGUGCUGCUGCCAACUAGUAAAGCAUUUCAUGUCAUUCCAAAUUCAGAGCUUUGUAAAUAAAAUAAACAACUAAGUUCUACUGCU